AUGGCUUUCCUCAAGUACACAGCUCUCCUGUGCCUCGUCGGCGUCGCGAUCGCUGAUUCCAGCAAUGCCGAGGAAACUGUCAGGGGGAAGAGAGGCUUCUCCGGAGGCAGCCACACCGGCGGCUACGGAGGGAGCAGCAGCUCCGGCGGCGGCUACGGGAGCGGUGGCGGUGGAGGCUACCUGAUCGUCGGCGCCGGAGGAGGCGGAGGCCACCAUGGCCCUAGCGCCGCCGACGUAGCCAACCAGGCAGCCGCCCAGGCCACCGCCGCAGCCGCAGGACUCAAGGGCGUGGCCCAGUCGGCUGCCUCUGCUGCUGCCAAGAAGGCUGCCGCGACCGCGUCCGCUGCGGCCCAGACUGCCACUGCUGCGGCGGCCCAGAAGCAGGCGCAGGCAGCACAGAUCACACAGGCCGCACAGGGAGCGCAGGCAGCCGCCUUUGCCGAGUCCUCUCUCUCUUCACAAGCCGCUACCGCCGAGCAGUCUGCGAAGGCUGUCUUGAACUUCGCUCAGGGUCUGUCGAAUGCAAUUUCAGCAGCACAGGCGGAGGCCAAGGCUGUGGCCGCGCAGGCGCUGCAGGCACUGCAGGCAGCCCAGGCGGUGCAGUCGGCACAGGCUGCCAUGGCGUGGCAGGCUCAGCAGGCGGCCAACUCCCUGAACCAGCAGCAGUCGCUGGCCCUGAGUGAGCUGCAGUCAGCGCAGGCAGCAGCAGCCCAGGCGCAGGCGGCGGCCUCCAAGGCUCUGGCCAAGGCCAAGGGCGGCGCCUCCGGCUACGGGGGCCAGGCCAGCGGGGGCUACGGCCACUGAGCACGGUAACGGAUCCUGGCGUUUGGGAAGAUUUUGCUCGUACCUGGAAAUACUCUACUUGAUAUUAGACUUUUAAGCUUCUCGAAUAUUAUGCAAUAUAUAA